GAAGAGAGUUAACCUGUGCAGGAAUUGGGGACACAAUACACACACACACACUUCCACACCAUGAAGGGUCUCUGCCUCCUCCUCCUCCUCGGCGUCCUGCUCCUGGCCGAAGGAGUUCUACAUGCUGCUGCCAAACAGUUUCGAGAUGUGAUGAGCCAUGGAAGAUCUUCUUCUCAUGUCAGGUCCCAUAAGAAGCUACAUGGCUGGUCUCCUGAUCAAAAUCAGUGGAAUGAAAAGCUUUAUCCUUUCUGGGAAAAAGGAGAUCCUAGAUGGAAGGACUGCUGGAGAGGAGGAAAGGUGGUGGCCAGAUUGACCUCUGACAGCCCAGCUCUAGUAGGAUCAAAUGUGACCUUUACUGUGACCCUACAGUUUCCCAGGUGCCAGAAAGAAGAUAAUGACAGCAACAUAAUAUAUGACAAGAACUGCAGGAAUGAUUCCUCAGGCUUUCCUGACCAGUAUGUCUACAACUGGACUACGUGGAUUGAUGACUGUGGCUGGGAAAACUGCACAAGCAACAAUACCCAUAAUGUGUUCCCAGAUGGGAGACCUUUCCCUCAUCAUCCUGGCUGGAGAAGGAGGAACUUUGUCUAUUUGUUUCAUACAGUUGGCCAGUACUACCAAAAAACGGGAGGCUCUUCAGCAAUUGUUUCCAUCAACACAACAAAUAUCACCCUUGGCAAACAGAUGAUGGUGGUCUCUGUUUACAGAAGAGGUCAUCGAACAUAUGUUCCAGUUGCAACAGCAAGUGGCAUCUAUGUUGUGACAGACCAGAUUCCUUUAUAUGUGAACCUGUCCCAGAAGAAUGACCGCAAUGCCUCAGACUCCGUCUUCAUUAAGGAUUCUCCUAUCACAUUUGAUGUCAAGAUCCAUGAUCCCAGUCACUACCUUAAUAAUUCUGCUAUCUCCUACAAGUGGGAUUAUGGAGAUGGCAGUGGUUCAUUUAUAUCUAACAGCCCUAUUUCAACUCACACUUACACGCUGCAGGGAAACUUCAGCCUGAAUUUGACCGUCCAAGCUAUUAUACCUGUACCUUGUGGGCCUGCAACACCUACCCCACCACUUCCUACCUCGCCAGGGGCAACAACUCAAAACGCAACCAGUACUGCAAACAAAACUGAGUCAACCACUCCUGCUAUCACUACUAUACCACCCUAUAAUCUGGACUCUCCCACCAGUGCUGGUGUAAUGGAAGACACUCCUGAUGGAGGCUGCCAUAUUUACAGAUAUGGACAUUAUAAAACAACUAUCUCCAUUGUAGAGGGAAUCCUUCAGGUAAACAUUAUUCAGAUGACAAGUGUCCAGAUGACAGUGACUCAAGGUGAAAACUCCCUGGUUGACUUUGUUGUUACCUGCCAAGGGAGUCUUCCUACAGAUGCCUGUACGAUAGUCUCUGACCCCACAUGCCAGGUGUCACAGAAUGUGGUAUGUGACCCCGUUGAAGUUACUGAUCAAUGCUUACUGACCAUCAGAAGAGCCUUCAAUGAGCCUGGAACCUACUGUGUAAACAUUACAUUGGGUGAUGAUGCAAGCCAAGCCCUCACAAGUGCCCUUAUAUCUGUAAAUGGAGCUCCAGGGUCAUCUUCGAGGACAGUGGAAGGUGUCUUGAUUGCCUCAGGUUUCUUGGUGGCGUUUGUCAUCAUUGUGUCUCUCCUUCUUUACAAGAGAUACAAAGAGUACAAACCUAUUGAAAGAAGUGCAGAACAAGCGGUGAACAGGGAGGGACUGAGUGUUUACUUCAACAAUGUCAAGGCUGUUCUCUUCCCUGGGAACAAUGAGAGAGAUCCUCUGCUGAAAAGCAAACCAGGAAUUGUUUAAAUCUUUAGCGUAACCUCUGAUAUUAGAAUGUAUAUAUGGGGUUUAUGGCUGAACUGUACUUCAGUGGAUGACUACUUAUUAUGAAAACAAAGGAUUAAGGUAACCUCCAAAUAUGGGUCGGUACAUUUUGUAGCUCAAUUUAUUUAGAAAUGGAAAAUGGCUUCUUUUAAAAAAUGGAACUGUUGUGAUUACUCACUGUUCUUGCUUAUGAUCUGGGUCACAAAAUAUUGAAUAAUAAACCACUCUAGACUGGGCAUGAUUAUGCAAUUCACCUAGGUUAAUUUGUAGCUUGGGAGAAGAGGCUAGAUACUUUUUAUCUCCUCAGUAUUUAGAUCUUAAAUAACAAUUGCACAGUCCCAGUGUCCUAGUUUACUCCCCCUCUGCAUACAUCCCACAGUCUGGGCUUUGUGAGGUUGAAAGACAUGGAGAAUAGCCAUAAUGGCCAACCCUCAGUCACUUUAUAAAACUAGAUCACGGACAUCAGGUGAACAAAGAAACCUAAUCUACUUGGCUCCUCCUAAACCAACUACUAAAAGUUCCAUUUAAAAUUCUUACUGUAGUUGUUGCUGCUACCUCUUGUAGCUGUUGUUUCUACUGGUUUUGUGCCAUCUGAACUGACUGCCAUCCGCAACAGUAUGUCCUACCUGUGUCAGAAGGAGCUGCUGUAUUCCAGAGGGUGGACAAAGAUGAGGCCCAGCAGAGUGGUGGUAACAGGAAAAAGAUUCUAUAUCAUUCACCUAUUAGUAAAGAGAACUAAGAGGGGCUUUUUUCCCCCUCCUUCUCUUCAAUUUAAUCUUGCUCUCUGUAAACAGCCACUAAUUUCUCCUUGAUCCUCCUGUCCCUCUGUUUUUUUACUAUUCCCUCCAAAUAAAUGAAAACCUCAAGCUGGGUAGGGCAAUAUUCUCCAGUUUCUGCUUGUCCACUAAGCGGCUGAGAAACUGUCAAUAUCCAGAAGGGUGAUGUGCCUUUGCUUGCUUAAUGCAGCUGCUGUGCUGUGUUAACUUUCAGCUACAAAUCUCACUUUGAUAUCUUUCUCAAGUGAUCUAGUAAAACCCUGUCUUUCAGCCACUCACUCUUGUAAUUCCAUAUCAUGGAGUUUAGCCCUGGAUGCAAUUGUCUACUUAUCGCUUAGAAAUAAAAACACCCUUCUGAAGACUGGAUCACAGGGGGAUAUCAGAAGAGGAGAGUGUCUUGUCUAUGGAGAAAAGGGUUGUUGAGAAGAUUCAAUCCUUGCUGGGUGAGAAGACAGACAGAAAUGCUCUAAAUUCAAGGAUCUGUAUAAUAACCUGAUACCUAAUAUAACAGUUUAAUGCAGAACAAAACUAACUUUUAGUUUGGGAGUGAGUGGAUAAUUUCACUUACCCAUUUCUAAACACCAGUCACUGAAGACCUAUUCAUUGCCAACCCAACUGUGAACAAUUUUGGAGUCUCCUUUAUUCCUUCUAAUCUGGAACAUCCCUAAUACAUCUUUCCUCUCUCAGGGUACGUCUUCACUACCCGCCGUAUCGGCGGGUAGCAAUCCAUUUCUC